AUGGGAUAUCUCCAAGGCUUGAAAUGGGAUGAUGCUGUAAAGAAAUAUCCAGAUGUUUUCAGAGCCUUUGACAUUUCUAAAAUUGCUGAGAGCAGAAAUCAAGAAAUACCGGGUGGUGGAGAAAGCCCGAAUCAGUUAAAUGAGCGAUGUGUUUCUUACUUAAAUAAGAUUGCCCAAGAACACACCGAUGCAUGCUCAUGGCAGUUCUCAAGCAUUUGGUUCUACGCUAAUUAUGCUGCUAUUGCAUGGAUAGGGGAGAGGGUUGUGGUGGUCUCCCACAGUGCAGCCAUACAGGAGCUGUGCAGGCACACCUAUCCACCCAACAGCUCCAUUCAUAGGAACAUUCCUAACACUUCAUUGAACGUUUUCCGUGUCUCCGGCGUCACUGGGCGGUGGAUCCUCGAGAGGUGUGGAGACGUCAUCCAUCUUGAUGGAAAUGGCAUUCGGGAGAACUCAUUUGUGGGCGACGGGGCCUCUGUGUAA